AUGGCUUACAACGCGUAUCUAGUUGAACAAGUGGGUCCAGCCCUUACUGAAGCUCUAUCCCUAAUCACGUUACAAAAACCAGACGAUGUCAUCGAAUUCCUGGGCAGCUACCUCCUUACAUACAACGAAAUGAAGGAUUUCGCUGCAAACACUCCCUCUGCUACAUCCUCUACGAGCAGUCUAAACACUUUUGGGGCUAGCGAAUUCUUGAAAAAGGCACCAAGGAAAAUCCCUCCAGGACCAAGAACGCCACCAGCUAUCACCAGUUUCCCUACUCCAGGCGAAAUCAAAAUUAGAAGAAAUGUUCCUGCUGUUGCUAGGACUGGUGGAUUUGAUGCUUCCGACAAUGAUGAUGACAAUUUCAAAGUGCAUGCUCUGGUUUCUCAAUUAUCAAACGUGUUGAAUCUCCCUGACAAUACAAGGGAUCCAUCAUCAAUCUCUGAACGAAUACUAUCCAAAUCUCCUGCAAUAGGACAACCACUCCCACGUCCAAUCGCCUCGUAUGGACUCGUCGCCGCCGAUGACCUAGCCAAAAAAUCAACAUUGAAUUCCAACGCUGAUGAAGAUGGAGCAGCAUUAACGCGACACAUAACAUCCCACUUAAAAGCAACUCAAACUCGUGAAUUAGAUCCCUUGAUAAACGUCCUCUUACAAAUCCGUGAUGAUCCUGCCGUCGUUAAUAUGAUAUCUGCUGAGGGUCAUGAAAGGGAGCGUCAUGAAGCUGAAGUUAUGGCCAUGAGGACGUCAUUGAAGGAACAAAGUGGUAUUAAUAGUAGUGGUGGACUGUCAUCAUCGCCGAAUAGAUCGUUGGGUCAUCAUAUGACUCCUGUUGGAUUACGUGCUAUGAGGACGUCGCCUAAACCUGCUUAUACUCCUAACCCAUUCUUUAAAUCAUCCGACAGUACGACGACCUUCUCUCCUUAUUCGACGGCUACUGCUGUUGGUGGUGGUGGUGCUUCAGCGAUGCCCUCACCUGCAUUUAGCAUUUCUCCUGCUCAAAAGUCACAAAAAGUACAUGAUCAUCGAUCUGCACGUGCUACACCUUCUACAGUGUCCUUCUCAACCACAUUAGUGAAUGAUUCCACUGAUCCAAAACGAGGUAAACAACUUCUAGACGAACGAUUACAAGGACUGAAUGCUCCACUGAGAUCGAGACUUCAAAAUGAGAAGGCAUCAAAUGGCAACAAGAUACUCGAAGCAUUGGGAAGAAUGCCGUUUGAAGAACAAGAGGCGCUGGUAUUAGAGGAUUUACUAUAUGUGUUGAUGGGUAUAAAUGGAAUGUAUAUACGGCGACUAGGCUCAAUCAUGUCAGAAUUGGAGGAGAAAGACUAUUGGGAGGAUGUUCAGUACACCUUUGAUUCGAGUUUAGAUGCAUCACUCUCAGAUCAAGCAAAACGGAUCUUGGCUGUAGCUUCACAUUUUGUGUAUAUUGAGCAUUUUAUUGAGACACAUUCCAGGUUUGAAUAUGGACGUGUUAGUCAUGCACUAUGUGCUUCAAUCCGUACUCUGCUCAAGGAAUACUUGAUAUUGAUUGCUCAAUUGGAGUAUCAAUUCCGCAGUGCACCAUCAUUUGGUUUACAAAAGCUAUGGUAUUACUUGAACCCGACUUUACACACUUUAUCGAACAUUACUUCAUUGUGUCGAGGUAUACGAGCUGCAGAGACUCUAGGAAGGAGUGAUAGCCCUGAUCAGAUUCUAUCCAUGGAGGGUAAACCUCGAGGAGGAGGCGUCUUGUUGGGUGUUAUUGCUGAUCGGAUGGUUGCUUUUAGUGGGAACCUCUGCAUUAUCACUUACAUUAAUGCCUUUGCUUCUAGUGACAUGGCCACUCGAGCACUCCAUGCAUAUCUAUUGUCAGCUGCAGCAGUCCCAUAUCUAGCGACACUUCGUUCCUGGAUUCAUCGUGGAGAAAUAUCCGAUCCAUACGAUGAAUUCAUGGUCGUAGAACGUAAAUCAGUCACCAAGGAAAACAUUCGUAACGAUUUCAAUGACGUGUAUUGGGAACAACGAUACACCCUACGACAAGAAGCCAUCCCAAGUUUCCUAAGUUCAGUCAGUGAUAAAGUAUUACUGGCUGGUAAAUACUUGAAUGUGAUUCGAGAAUGUGGGAUUGAUAUCAAGAUGCCGAAUCAAGUCGUUGAUGAGUCUGGAGAAUUGAUUGGUGGUAGUAGAGGAUUCGUUGCUCAUGGUAUUACUAGUGACGUUGUGAAGGCUGUUGAAGGUGGAAGAUUCAUUCAGGAUAUCGAGAUAGCUUAUAGAUAUGCCAACAAGACUUUGCUCGAUUUGCUAUUUAAAGAGCAGCAGUUACUGCCAAGAUUGAGAUCAGUCAAGCACUACUUUUUACUCGAUCAAUCUGACUUUUUAACUCACUUUCUGGAUUUGGCACUACCUGAACUGAAUCGGCCAUCACGAGAUAACUCUAUAGAGAAGCUUCGAUCUCUUCUAGAGCUUGUGGUUCGAAAUCCAUCAUCUGCACUUGCGCAUGAUCCGUAUAAAGAAGACAUUGGUGUUGAUUUGAGUAGUUCGUCUGUUUGGGAUCUUUUAAAGAGGAUUAAUCUAGUACAAGGACAACAAUCUGAUGGCCACCAGAAGAAAGAACCGGUCUCGGGAGAGCACGGUGGACUUGUUGGGUCGAGUGGUGGAGCUCCUUUAACUGGUAUAGAAGCGUUGACCUUGACGUAUACAGUACGCUUUCCGCUCUCAUUGAUAUUAAACAAGAGAGCACUUAUAAGAUACCAACUAAUCUUCCGACAUCUGCUACUAUGUAAACAUGCCGAACGACUCUUGUGUGGGUCGUGGCUUGAAGCAUCACGAGCAAAUGCAUUAGCACGACGCAAUAAUCCAGCUACAACAUCGACAUUGGGUAAAAGGAAGAUUGUGCCAUCACGGUCAUUUUCCUCUGUUGUAGAUAGUGUUAGUGUUGAAUAUGCAGCAGCAACAGCUAAAGUAGAUAAGAAGGUUAUGGAUGAUGCGUCGUUAGAAGGCUUUAUACAUGCAUUACGAGUCAAGAUGUUGGCAUUUGUGCAGCAAUUCUUGUAUUAUGUGUGCUAUGAAGUGCUGGAGCCUAAUUGGAGCAAAUUGGAAGAGGAGCUUGCUAAGGUGUCGACUGUUGAACAAGUGUUACAAGUACAUGGUGACUUUUUAGAUACAUGCUUGAAGGAAUGCAUGUUGACUAAUUCCAACCUACUUCAGAUCUUUACUGUACUAAUGGAGACCUGCGUCAGUUUCUCACGCAUCAUGACGCAAGUAACGAGGCAUGAAAUGACGCGAGCUCAACUACCUACUCUAGUAGCCAACCUCGAGACUCGAUUUACAACAUACCUCCAUCGAUUAAUUGACCAGUUGCAAUUCCAUGCUAGUACAGAGACGUAUCGGUUGGUGAAUCUGUUGACGCGGUUGGAUUACAACUUGUUUUACUCGAAAGAUGGUGGUGGUAGGAAUUUGGGUGCAAGGGGUGCUAAUGUUGUUGGUGGUGAAUUGUAA